AUGCCUCCGCUGAAGCACAACGAGCUGUUUCUGCUGUUUCUACUGCUGCUCCUACUGCUGCGUCUACUGAUGGCGGCCCACAAGGCAACCGAAAUUGCUGCUGUCCAGUAUUUGAAUGCAAAUGCCAAAUUAAGAACAAUUUGCCAGGUAGCCGGCCAGAACCGCCCAACCAAUCCACCAAUUGCUUCGCCUUGUCAUGCCAAAUAUUUCCUGUUGCUCUAUAAACUUGUAUUAAACGUCAUGAGAUCAGGACUUGUUGUGCUGUUGUGCCUGUUGGGGGUCGCCUGUCUACCCCAUGCAAUACACUCAAAGCAUCACAGGCAACAAAAACGUGAGGAGCAUGAAGAAGAUCGUCACUAUCUGCCGCCUGAUCCGAAGGAGGAAAAGGAGGAGCUCGAGAAACCGUUUUACAAACAGGAAAAACACACCAGCGAGCGCAUUGUCUACCACAAACAUGACUACGAGCCCCGGGUCUACCACUCUGGAGAGCAUCAUGAGCCCAAGAAGCAGCGCGUCGAUCAUUACCAUCAUUACGAUAAGAAGCCAGAGGUGAAAACCACCAAACAUGUGCAUUAUACCUCCUCCACGCCAAAGAUACGUACAGACUACAAUAGGGAUCUAUUCACGCCCGCAGUCACACAGACGAUCUAUCGGAGAGGUCGCCCCCAUCGUGUAACCAUCGCCAGCGCACCCCACUCAGUGUUUCACACACAAAUCAAUGUGCAGUCCCAAGACUCUGAGCUGAACGCACAAUUCCGGCCAGACCCACCCAUCAUUGGGGCCCCCAACAACAACCCGGCUGGUGCUCAGCUACCAGCUAAUGCUUUCCCUCCCGGCGGCGGUCAGUUGCCUUCAGGUGCUUCGCCUGGUUGUCAGUUUCCGUUGGCUGGAAAUGCAGCUGCUGGCUGCGCUUUCCCCGGCCAAAAUCCUACUGGCGCUCAGCACCCUGCCAGCGCACUUGCACCGUCCAACAAUUUUCCAACCAAUACGGGCUUUCUCCCUGGCCAAUUAGCCGUACAGGGCAAUGGCCAACCACCUCGAAAGCUAUUUCGACACCACAAGUCGCACAACGACAAUGUUUACGGCCCCGCGUUAGGAGCCCAAUUUCCCAUAGCUCAAGCGCCUAUCUCCCACCAACCUAUUUCACAAGUUCCUGCAGAUCAAGCACCCUUGGCUCAGUUUCCUAAUCGGAGGGCUCUUGAUGCUCAGUUACCUCUCGCCCAGCAAGCAAUUCAGGCUCCUGUGCCUGGCACUCAGCAUCCCGCUGCUCAAUUUCCCACAUCACAACCGCCAACUGAUCAAUUGCGUUAUAAAUUUGAUCCGAAGGUUGGGGCUCAACAACCCACGGAAGUAUUUCCAACAUAUCAGGCACCCGGCACACAGCUUCCUCAACCUUCAUCAGGCCGGCGCAACCGUCCAAAUCGUAAUCGAUCCAACUACCAGGGUCUCAAUGUACUCGGCGGCAAUGUGCUGGGUCAGCCUCAUCUGCAAGGACCUGCCAAUGUAUUUGGGAACCGACAGGACACCAAUAUCAUCGGUGGCAACUUUUAUAGCGAUGCCGACCAUUAUGGAAAGCAACGACAAUUAGUGGCAUUCAACGGAAAUCAACGAUCUGUAUUCUUGACCGAUGAUGUCGAUGAUGAGAGCGUUGGGGAUAUCGAAGAUACUGAGUUCGGCGGAGCUGCCAGCACACCCGAAGUCGUCUACACAACAGUUCAGGGCAAGAAGGUCAACAAGAACGGUUCAAAGCCGAGGAGCCAGCACCGCAGUGAUUUGAACACCGCAGCCUCCUCGCUGGACUACACUUACAACUUACUUGGAGCUUCCUCGGAGCACGAUACUGACUAUCGUGAGGAUGGUUAUCACUACGAGAAACCAAAACGUGCAUUCGAAUUCUGA